GUCCUGUCUCUCCUUUUCACGUAAUCGUAUCGUGACUAUUUAUUCGACGGGCCAAAACCGAGAGAAACAGUGUCGAGUGUCGGAGAUACCAGUAAACAUGAAGUAUCUUCUCGUUUGCAGCGUGGUUGCAUUGCUGGUGCUCACAGUCCUUGCAGCUUCCUCGGAGUCUCGUUCCUCCAAUUUUGAUGACUCUUAUAGCGGCAGCAGCGAACGAAAGAAACGCAGCCCUCAAGAUCAUCAUGGAGGACCACCUCCUGGACCACCACACGGGCCACCUCCACCACCACCUUCUGAAGAUGCAAUAAAUUUAGCGAGUACAGCGAUGCCUACCGGUGGAUCUUCUGGAUUUGUGACUAUGAAUAGAGGCAGGAGGGCUGCUCAGAAUGAGGGAGGUAAUGGUGGAGGUGGUGGAGGUGGCAUGCCAGGAAUGGGAGGUAUGGGAGAUAUGGGAGGUAUGGGAAGUAUGGGAGGUGGAUUUGGAUUUAGCGUGGGUGGAGGAGCUAAAGCUGGAGCUGGAGCUGGAGCUGGAGCUGGAGGUGGAGGUGGAGGAGGUCAACCUGGUGGUUACGUCUAAACGUCAUACCUCUAAGUCGAUGCAAUAAAACUUUAUGAAAGGUCAAGGGAUUUGUUGAUGUAGCUUAGGUUUUGAAAACAUUGAAAU